UGAGCACGGGGAGGGCAGCGUACGUCGAUCGGUCGGUGCGCCCGCUGACUUUUUGACACCAAACCCCGCUCGGUGGGAGUAUUCGCACGCGGCCUCGGGCUGCUUUUUGUAAAAUAACGCCGACUACACACGGUCGGUGCUUUACAAUAAUCACAGCAGUAAUUGCCUGCAAGAGGUGGGCUUUACAUGUGGAAAACAAAUCAGUAAUAACCAACCUCUCUCCCUCUCGAAGGCCUAGCCCACUCAACCGCUUAUUAACUCUACCUCCAUGUGGAUUCAAAGACUUUCCCUCCCAUACCAUGGCGAGAAAAAUAGUUAGCAGAAAGAGAAAGGCUGCCGAAUUAGAGCCGGAGCAGUGCAGCCAGGAUCAAACACUCCGUAAGAAAAAGAAGCUACCGCUUGUGAAGAAGUCCUUUGUCUGUUACCUCACAGGUCAGCAGAUUAAGCUUCAGAAUGAGCAGAGCUACCAACAAGCACUGCGUGGCUAUGCGGCUCACAGGCUACCUGCCCUCCUGAAGGAGAAAGAGUUCCAUUUAGGAACACUGAACAAGGUGUUUGCAUCCCAGUGGCUGAACCAUCGGCAAGUGGUGUGUGGGACAAAAUGUAAUACGCUGUUGGUGGUGGAUGUUAUGACUGGGCAGAUAACAAAAAUUCCCAUGCUGAAGGACCGAGAGCAGCCCAAUGCCAUCAUGGACCAACAAAGUUGUGGUAUUCAUGCCAUUGAACUGAACCCUUCUCGUACCUUAUUAGCAACUGGAGGAGACAACCCAAACAGCAUUGCUGUUUAUCGACUGCCAACUCUGGAUCCUGUUUGUGUGGGAGAUGAUGGACACAAAGACUGGAUUUUCUCGAUUGCUUGGGUUAGUGAUACAAUGGCUGUUUCUGGUUCCAGGGAUGGUUCCAUGGGCCUUUGGGAAGUAACUGAAGAAGUACUAAACCAGUCCGACACAAGUAUGGAUCCCACACGAGUCCCAACUUACACCCACAUAACACACAAAGCUUUGAAGGACAUUCCCAAGGAAUAUACAAAUCCUUAUAAUUGCAAAGUGAGAGCUUUGGCCUUUAACAAUAACAGCAAGGAGCUUGGUGCAGUGUCUCUUGAUGGUUACUUUCAUUUAUGGAAAGCAGAAGAUAACUUGACAAAGUUGCUGUCUACCAAGUUACCUCAUUGCCGAGAAAAUGUUUGCUUAGCAUAUGGACAAGAGUGGUCUGUAUAUGCUGUGGGGUCCCAAGCACAUGUUUCUUUCCUUGAUCCAAGACAACCACAAAACAAUGUAAAAUCAGUCAGUUCGAGGGAACGGGGUAGUGGUAUUCGAUCUGUGAGCUUUUAUGAACACAUCAUAACAGUAGGAACUGGACAAGGCUCACUACUUUUCUAUGACAUCAGAGCGCAGAAAUUUAUGGAAGGGCCUUCCACGGCAAAGUACAACAUUGAGAAGUUGAAAUCCAAGUGCGAUGAGAUUUUAAAAUUAACAACAGGGAAGGGUUGGUUGAAUCACGAUGAUACAUGGAGGAAUUACUUUUCAGAUAUCGACCACUUCCCGAAUGCGGUCUACACACAUUGUUACGACUCCUCUGGAACAAAGCUUUUUGUUGCAGGGGGUCCCCUGCCUUCAGGUCUUCAUGGAAAUUAUGCAGGACUAUGGAGCUAACAACCUCUUGCCAUGUACUGUAUUUGCUGAUCAAUUGUACUUUUUAUUUCUUGGGUUUUCACAUUUCAGUAAUCCUUCCAAUGUUUUAAAUAUUGUGUGAAAUACACAAUAUUUUCUGUUCAACUAUAUGACUGUCUUUUAUUUCUUUUUAAUUUGUGUCGGUGCUUCAGUUUUUCCCCUUUCCUUCCUGAUACAAGUUUCUUACUGAAAAUGUAUGUAGAUUUAAACUGGUUCACUACUGAUAGUGAGAUAGGAUCCAUUAAUUAAAGCUUGACCACUACCAGAUUUUCUGUGAAAGUUUGGAGGGGUGUAAUGUGUGUAAAGGUACUUUGUGUCAAUUAAAUACAAAAAAACUUAAUUGAUUCUGUGCGGGAGUGAUGCAUUACCUUCACAUAUAUCAAAAUAUGUUAACACUUUUAGUCCAUGUUUCAGAUGGACUUGUAAUUCUACUUGUAACAAAAUGUUGAAUGUUUUGAAGUAUAGGUCUAAUGAUACCCAAAGAUUCAUAAAUUAUUAAUAAAGCUGUAUGAAUGGAAUUUGUACAUUUUUAA